UGUCAACCUGACAGCUUGUUGCUUUUUGAGCUCCUGAGUUUCUUUUUGCAACUUGAUCGUUGCAGCAUAGACGAACCAAGUCUGACCACGAAGCAACAGUUUUCUGACACGUCCUGGGAACCAGACCCUCAUGGACUGCUCCGAUCGGCUGGACUAACCGUCUGAGACUUUUAUGGGCUGCCACACCGACGUCAGGCACUGCGCUUCACCGUGAAGAUGGCGGAGGCUGCGGAGGCACCACAACACCGGUUUUUCUGUCACUGCUGUAAAUGUGAAACAAACCCUAAACUCCCGGAUUUUGUCUGCCCAAGAUGUGACUCUGGCUUCAUUGAGGAGGUGGCAGAAGACUCCAGUCUCCUGCAGGAUAGGACAUCAGUGGCCAGUGAAGAUUCAAACUCGUUGUUCUCAGAAUUAUGGCAGCUGCUGUUUAUGGAACGCUCUGCUCUGCUGUCGCAUCCACCCUCCUCAGAGUCCCACCCAGAUUACAGCGAGCAGGUAUCUGCAGGUCAGAGCCGGCCUUCUCCAGUGUCAGUGGGUGCUGCUGAGGCCACGGAACCAGAGUCUCCUUCCCAGCCUGAACAUGAGAGGUCAUCCAGGCCUGAACAGAGGCCUGCAGUGGAAGGGAUCGUGCAGCAGUUCUUAGCUGGCCUGUUUUCCAACAACGGAAACCCCGGUGCUGCCCCAGCUGCAUUAUCCAGCAUGCUACAGUUGUACUCAAACCCAGGAGACUAUGCUUGGGGUCAGGGAGGUCUGGAUGUUGUCAUCACAGAGUUGUUAGGACAGCUGGAGAGCACAGGUCCACCCCCUGCAGAAAAGGAGAUGAUCUCAUCCCUGCCAACAGUUUGCAUCUCGCAGGAACAGACAGACUGCAGACUGGAGUGUCCAGUUUGCAGGGAGGAGUAUUCAUUUGGGGAAUCUGUCAGGAAGCUACCCUGUCUCCAUUAUUUCCACAGUCAUUGUAUAGUGCCUUGGCUGGAGCUGCAUGAUACCUGCCCGGUGUGCCGCAAAAGCCUUAACGGUGUCGACAACAGCCUCCCGCCCACAUCAGAGCCCCCAGAGGCCCGCUCCAUCAGGACGCAGCAACAAGAGAGGCAGGCGAUCUGAAAAACGGGACAAACGACGUUAACUCUUUUACUGUUUUCAAGAGACACGCUGCUCACCUCAAACCUUUACUUCCACACUGACUGCUUUAAAAAAAAUUCAUUACAUGCACCUCAGUCAUAAGUUGCAGCUUCAGCUUCCACUUGAUUCAUGCAUCUCUGCUAAGGACCUUUAUAUUUUCUACACCAAUAACUUCACCAUUUUUAAGAUACGGUACAUACAAAAGGACUCGGCAGUUUGCUGACAAGAUGUGGAGGUGAUGUGCCCUUCCCGCUACACUGCCCUCCUAGGUGGUUUUCUGAAUGACUGACUUUGAUGUCUUCCACUAAUCACCACUGAGCUGCCAGUGGUUGCAUAAUGACAGGAAUUCACAGAGUUAUGAAGUAACACUUUUGCAUUAAGGCUCUUGGUAAGACAGUUUCUUAAUUCAGUAUUGUGUUGACCUUUUUGCACCCAAUCUGAUUAAGCAUUUAUCUCUUCUAUACAUAAAACUGUUAUUAAAGCCUAACCCUGUGACCCUCACCCUCUGCACCUUUUUCAUCUCCUUAAUCAUGAGCAAUUCAGAGGUAGAUACUGUAUAUUCAUAGCCAUAUUGGAGAUGUUUUAUUUGUCCACCAACCAAAUACAUUAAAUAGUCAGUUGGCA